AUGAAGUCGAUUAUUUGCUUUCUAUUGCUUUGUGCUACUUCCUACGCUGGAUCAACGAGCAAAUGCCCUAAGAAUAUCGAUGUAGACACAUCGCCAAUAGAAAGAAUUUUGGAAAGCGUGCUGGAGGAGAUGCUGAACAGGUUUGACGAUAUGGACCGUAAGUUGUUAGAACUUCAAAUGGAGCUGAAUGAACACCGCGAGGAAGUGGAACGGAAGUGCAUCCCAAAUUGUGUCUCGUCAACAUCAUCGCCACCCCAGCUGGAUACCACCACACCAACAGAACCUGCAACAACGACUACGACGACUACAACGCAACCGACGGCCACCGAGUCCCCAACCUACGCAUCGUGUAAAGAUGUCCCAGCAAACGCUUCGGGAGUGUAUCUCAUACGCAUCAACAACACUAGUUCGCCAUUUAAAGUGUAUUGUGAGAUGGAGAAGUUUGGAGGAGGUUGGGUUGUAGUGCAACAUCGCUUCGACGGUUCGGUUGAUUUUUAUCGGAAUUGGGCCCAGUACCGUGACGGGUUUGGUGACUUGAAUAACGAAUUCUGGCUCGGCCUAGAGUACAUGCAUCAACUCACGACGGCUCGUACUUAUGAAUUAAUGGUGGAGAUGAAGGACUUUAGCGGGGACUACGGGUAUGCCAGUUACAAUGCGUUCCAAAUAGGUAGUGAAAGUGAGCAAUACAGGCUUAAAACGUUGGGAUCGUACAGUGGCACUGCAGGCGACUCAAUGACGGAACAUCAUAAGGGGGAAAAGUUCUCAACGAAAGAUCGGGAUAAUGGCAACGUGUAUCAUAUUUAUUACGUCGGCGCCUGGUGGUACGGUGAUGCAACUCUACCCGAACAUGUCCAGUUUCCCCAACAGCUGCAUUACUAUAACAGGCCGAUCGUAUACCAGUUAAGCUCGUACAGGAUCAAGUACGAUUCUGCAGAAGUAACACCACAGGAUUCCGUGGAACUUGCUACGGAUCCCUCUCCAGAAAACAAUGUGCCCGAAAGCGAAGAUAUGAUCGUUCAGACCGAUCGUGAUUCUCAACCCUUUGUGAUCAUUAAUGCUCCAACGAUCUGCCGCAUGGGAGAAGCAGUUGAUAGUCGAGGAAAGUGCAAAACUAUAGUUAAUCUGUUUUGA